AUGAUAACAGUGUAUGUUUAUAGUUUACAAAUUAGUAACAAUAACUACUAUAUCUCGAAUAAAGAAGCUCAAAGUGGAAAGAAUGUCGCUUCUAUACUUCAAGUUGAAGAUAAUAUUACAGAAAUAAAUGUGGAACUGUUAUCAGCAACAACUAUUAGUGAAUUAGAUCAUAAACUUUUACAAAAAUUUUGA